UUGAUAUUUCUCUCUGUAUAAUUUUUAAUAUUUAUAUUUAUUGAGAAAUACACCGUGUGCCCAUAGCGCUUUGAUCCUUGAGUAAACGUAGGGAUCGUUGGUAUCUGUAUUCAUUAUCUAGUACUUAUUAGUAAGUACUUUAAUUCAUGAUGUAUUAGUAAUAAACGCUAACGAUAAAUAAUACAUUCCGUCAUACUGGCGACAAAAAUUCAUACGUAUCAUGCAUUUUUAACAAUUAAAAUAUGCGAUUAAAAAUUCCUGGCCGCGAUUUUAAUGUAAUUAAAAUACGGCGCGUAUGGAAAUGAAUAUAUAUUCAAGAGUGAGAUAUCUCAAAUCGAUAUAUCGAAACAAGUACCUAACCUCACAUAUACUGUGGCGGAGACGCUUCCUGACAUUUCUAAUCAUUGCUGUUAUCGCCGGUCUGUGAUACAUGAUCGUCCAACAUGACAAUAGAAAAAAAAAAGAAGAUUCAAGGAACGUACCGCAGGGCUGAAUCAUCGGCUCUACUGAAUGCGUAUCACGUCUUUCCUAAUCUUUUCGUCGGUUUUUGCGAAAACGACGAAAAGAUUGCAACAAGAUCAUCGAAAGUGUAUUGCUACGUUAAACGCAGAAGAUACCGACGUUUCUGCUCUGUGCAUGAUCGAUGUGCCAAAGGUGAAAUCGUUAACCAGUGAAUCGCGAAAGUCGGAGCAUAACGAUGCACACAAUGUCGACUCUGGUGGAUGGACCCCGUUGCUGGUACUGGGUGGUGCCACAUGCUGCCUGGGAUCAGCAUUACCAGCAGGAUAUAACAUAGGCGUUAUGAACAAUCCUGCUCAUCUUAUGCAGUCUUUCUGCAAUGAUAGUGUCAGGGAAAGACACAGCGUACAGUUGUCCAAUCACGAGCUUCAGAUACUCUGGUCCACUAUAGUGUCGAUCUUUCUUAUCGGAGGUGUGUCCGGAUCGUUGGUCGCUAGCUGGCUAAGCGACAGAUUCGGACGGAAAGGCGCGCUAUGUGUCGGAAAUAUUUGCGGAAUUGUAGGAGCUAUCCUGUUCCUGCUCGUACGAACUGCAAACUCGAUCGAAUUAUUCCUGCUCGGUCGAAUAAUCGUCGGACUUUCUGGCGGUUUAGCCACUAGUCUGCUCCCGAUGUACAUGACGGAAAUAGCGCCUUUGAAAUUACGAGGCGCCGUCGGGGUCUUGUGUCAAUUGGGUAUUACGUGCGGUGUGCUGGUAGGUCAAAUCGCUGGGCUUGAAACCGUCCUGGGCACUCCAGAAUCCUGGCACAUCAUGCUAGCAGCCUUCUCCCCGCUAUGUGUCGCUGCAUUAUUGUUAACCAUUGUUUUGCCAGAAAGUCCCAAGUAUUUAUAUAUAAUCAAGGGAGAACAGGGAAAGGCUCUGAAAGAACUUAGUCGUCUACGAAAUAUGAACAUAUUGCAUCAACAAAACGAGAUCACUAGUUUGCAAGAAGAACUGGCGAUGAAAUCAACAAGUUCAACGUGGAACAUUACGCGCGUGCUGAAUGAACCGACUGUGAGAUUGCCGCUGUUCUUAGUGUGCCUCAUGCAAUUCGGUCAGCAAAUCAGUGGCAUUAAUGCAGUCUUUUAUUACUCUAACACAAUUUUCCUCGGGGCUGGCCUCGGAAUUACCGGCGCUCAAUACGCGACUCUAGGCACCGGCGUUGCCAAUAUUGUGAUGGCAAUUGUCUCCGUACCAGUAAUGUUAUUAUUCAGCAGAAGGAAAGUACUGUUUCUGAGUUGUUACUUGUGUAUAGGGUGCCUCGUCGCUCUAUGCAUCUCCAUUGCAUUAAUCGAUGCACUCUCGUUCAUGCCGUGGCUUUGCACCGUCGCGGUGUUGGCGUACGUUGUAUUUUAUGGCAUCGGUCUGGGUCCGAUACCAUUUUUUAUCGGCUCUGAAUUAUUCGACGUCGGUCCCAGGCCUGCCGCGAUGUCCUUAGGCAGCAUGUUCAAUUGGGGAGGAAACUUCCUCGUCGGAAUGAUGUUUCCCUCGCUACAAGCUGUGAUCGGCCCAUAUGUCUUCCUCGUCUUUGCCACGUGCACACUAAUCCUAGUUCAAAUCAAUCAAGUCUACUUGCCCGAAACGCGAGGUAGAAGCACGACAGACAUAGCAGCAUCCAUGACUAAAGGUUUCAAAUCAAGACCGAACGCAAUACCCACAUAGAUCCGUCACUUGCACAUAACUCGAUUAAGUACUUUUUAUACAAUUUUUGAACGAAAUCUAUAAAUUAUCGAUAUCGCGACGCGCGAAUGACGAUUCGCGUAUUGCUCAUAAGUAUGCUAAUUGACCCGAUCACACAAGCGUUAAUUU